AUGUCGCAGACCACCUUCUGGGACAUCAAUGACCCUAAUUCAAUGAGCGCUCGUCGUGCCACCGAGAUUCUGUGGGGUGAUGCCAUUGUGCAGCUCCGGGCUAACAACGGAGAAGUUCUGGUUCCCUGCGACAUAGUCACUGAUGUCAUCGGGGAGGCCAAUUUGAAAGUCAUGGCUGACCGUCUUGCAAACAUCAUGAACAAAAAGGUCCACAUCUUGCAUGACGUGCCUACUUCGUGCUACCGUCUUGUUGCAAGUGACGAUGAGUCAGUCACCUCUCAAGGCUCGAGCCUUAGCGACACCUCAGUUAACACGAGUGAUCACAGCAGCAUCGGAACGCCCUUGCAUACAGCUGGAGAUUCUUCGGUCAAGAUUCCACGACCCCCAAAUUGCUUUAUUCUGUACCGUCAGGCAUUCCACAAUCACGUCAAGGCUGCCAACCCAGGGGUCUCCAACAACGAAAUCUCCCGCAUCCUUGGCGCACGUUGGAACAACGAGUCUGACGCCGUUCGCACCAAGUACACACUGAUUGCCGAGCGCUUGAAAGCCUUGCAUGCACUCAAAUACCCUGACUAUCAGUAUGCUCCCCGUCGACCCCACGAGCGCAAGCGACGAGCAACUCGAGUCCGCAACGAGGAUACAAGCUCUAUCGAAGCCGAUCCCGCCUACGUUGAGCUGUACAACAAUGCUCAGGAAUCUCAGGAUGAAUUUCAAUCUAUGUCAACUGCAGAGGAGUUCAUGAAAGAUCUGGAUGACCAAAUUGGAUUUUUCAACCCCGACAAUGUUGCGCCUAUUCCUGAUUUCUUCAAUGAAUCCGAUGGUCAGAUCAUUGGCACCGGUCAACUUCAGAAUGCCAUAUUCGACUCCAUGGAAUAUUCUACUACAACUCUUACCAACGGCAUCAAUCUUGAUAUCCACAACCACGAAAUGCUUGUUUCCGACUUGAUUUGA